AUGACGACGACAGCAUCAACCAGUUCUUUCGGUUACUCCAAUCAGCUUCGUCCAGAUGAUCCAAAUGAUUCAACUGAUGAGAUCAACCGACUGCCACCUUCAACUCCCGACAACCCCUUGAUGUCUACUCAAAAGACAAUCCGUGAGGGUGAUGACUCAUUGAUCUACCUUGACAGUGUAUCCUGCGUCCCCACAGAAGAGCAGAGUAUGACAACGGAGAAUUUAUUUCACCCAACGACAACAACGACUGUGACUCCCAUACUUCUGGAUUAUGACAGAGAAGCAUUGACGACUAUAGCAUCAACCAGUUCUUUCGGUUACUCCAAUCAGCUUCGUCCAGAUGAUCCAAAUGAGUCAACUGAUGAGAUCAACCGACUGCCACCUUCAACUCCCGACAACCCCUUGACGUCUACUCAAAAGACAAUCCGUGAGGGUGAUGACUCAUUGAUCUACCUUGACAGUGUAUCCUGCGUCCCCAAAGAAAAGCAGAGUAUGACAACGGAGAAUUUACUUCACCCAACGACAACAACGACUGUGACUCCCAUACUUCUGGAUUAUGACAGAGAAGCAUUGACGACGACAGCAUCAACCAGUUCUUUCGGUUACUCCAAUCAGCUUCGUCCAGAUGAUCCAAAUGAGUCAACUGAUGAGAUCAACCGACUGCCACCUUCAACUCCCGACAACCCCUUGACGUCUACUCAAAAGACAAGCCGUGGGGAUGAUGAUUCAUUGAUCUACCUUGACAGUGUAUCUUGCGUCCCCAAAGAAGAGCAGAGUAAAACAACGGAGAAUUUACUUCAUCCAACGACAACAACGACUGUGACUUCCAUACUUCUGGAUUAUGACAAAGAAGCAUUGACGACGACAGCAUCAACCAGUUCUUUCGGUUACUCCAAUCAGCUUCGUCCAGAUGAUCCAAAUGAGUCAACUGAUAAGAUCAACCGACUGCCUCCUUCAACUUCCGACAACCCCUUGACGUCUACUCAGCAGACAAGCCGUGGGGAUGAUGAUUCAUUGAUCUACCUUGACAGUGUAUCUUGCGUCCCCAAAGAAGAGCAGAGUAAGACAACGGAGAAUUUACUUCACCCAACGACAACAACGACUGUGUCUCCCAUACUUCUGGAUUAUGACAGAGAAGCAUUGACGACGACAGCAUCGACCAGUUCUUUCGGUUACUCCAAUCAGCUUCGUCCAGAUGAUCCAAAUGAGUCAACUGAUGAGAUCAACCGACACCGACGACCUGCCACCUUCAACCCGACAACCCCUUGA